CAGAAACACAUGAGGGAAGAAGAACAUCAAAACGAAUUAGUUCAGACUCCAUCACAGAGAGCGGAAAAUUGCUUCCGUUGCAAUGUGUUCGCGUUUCUCGUCCCACUUUUGGAGGUUAUCAAGGUGGUUGCUGCUCCCGUUGCCUCCGUGAUCUUUAUAGGCUUCGCCGGGAUAAUACUCGCCUGUUUAGCCGUGGCAUUAGCUGUAUCCGCACCGCUUUUCAUCAUAUUCAGUCCGGUUCUCGUACCUGCUGCCACUAUAGCCACUACUCUCGGCACAGGUGUCGCCUUCGCAGUGACGGCCGUGGCUCUCAUUAUAUGGCUCACCAAGCAUAGGAUGGGAGUAAAGCCCGAGCAUAAUCCACCUCCACGAGGAGCUCCACCGACCGGAUCUAGUUCAUCAAGAAGUGAAGGUAAACACUUGGUUAAAGGGAAAAACAGUUCAUCAGUAAAAGAAGAUUCGUCUAUGAAUAGAAUUAAAUCAACUGAAAAAUCACAUGGCAAUUCAUCUGAUGGUCAAAAAUCGCCAAAAAAUAAAAUUUCACCUAAUCGUGAAAAUUCAUGUACAUGUGAAAGUUUACCGAAAAAUGAAAAUAAACAUACGGGAAAAAGCACUGUUAUAGAUAAAGUUAAAUCCAAGAUUAAAAAUAAAUUAAAAGGUAAAAAUGGUUCAUCCGAUGGUGGAAGCUCACCAAUGAAUGAAAGUUUACCAAGCGGUGGAAGUUUAUCUGGUAGUGGAAGUUCACCUCGCAGUGAAAAUACACCCGAAAAUGGAAGUAAACACAAAGGUUCAUCAAGCGGUGAAAAUUCACCUAGUAGUAAAAAAUCAUCGAGCGGUGCAAGUUCACCUAAGGACGUAAGUAAACACAAAGGUAAAAGAAGUAUCAUAGAUAAAGUUAAAUCCAAGAUAAAAAGUAAGUUGAAAAGUAAGAGUGGUUCAUCUAGUGGUGAAAGUUCACCAAUGAGUGGAGGUUCACCAAGCAAUGGUAGUUCACCAGGCAAUAAAAAUUCAUCUAACAUUGCAAGUUCACCCAAAGAUGCAGGUAAAUCCAAGGGUAAAAGCACUAUCUUAGAUAAAGUUAAAUCAAAGAUUAAAAAUAAAUUGAAAAGUAAGAGCGGUUCAUCCAAUGGUGGAAGCUCACCAAUGAGUGAAAGUUCACCAAGCAGUGGAAGUUCACCUGACGGUGGAAGUUCACCAGGCGGUGGGAAUUCACCUGGCGGUGGAAGUACACCCAAAAGAGAAAGUAAACACAAGAGUAAAAGUACUGUUAUAGAUAAAGUAAAAUCCAAAAUUAAAAGUAAAUUAAAAGAUAAAAUUGGUUCAUCUGGUGGUGGAAGUUCACCAAGCGGUAGAAAAUCACCUGGUAGCGAAAAUUCAUCGAGUGGUGCAAGUUCAUCUAAGGACGUAAGUAAACACAAGGGUAAAAAAAGGAUCAUAGAUAAAGUGAAAUCAAAGAUUAAAAGUAAACUUAAAAGUAAGAGUAGUUUAUCCGGUGGCGGAAGCUCACAAAUGAGUGAAGGUUCACCAAGCGGUGGAAGUUCACCUGUCAGUGGAAAUUCAUCGAGCAGUGCGAGUUCACCCAAAAAUACAGGUAAACACAAGGGUAAAAGCACUAUUCUAGAUAAAGUUAAAUCCAAGAUUAAAAGUAAAUUGAAAGGUAAGAGCGGUUUAUCCGAUGGUGGAAGCUCACCGAUGAGUGGAGGUUCAUCUAGCGGUGGCAGUUCACCUGACCAUGGAAAUUCAUCUAGCGGUGAAAAUUCACCCAAGAAUGGAGGUAAACCCAAAGGUAAAAGCACUAUCUUAGAUAAAGUUAAAUCAAAGAUUAAAAGUAAAUUGAAAGGUAAAAGCGCUUCAUCCGAUGGUGGAAGCUCACCAAUGAGUGAAAGUUCACCAAGCGGUGGAAGUUCAGCUAGCAGUGGAAGUUCACCUGGCGGUGGAAGUGCACCCAAAAAUAAAAGUAAACACAAGGGAAAAAGCACUAUACUUGAUAAAGUAAAAUCCAAAAUUAAAAGUAAACUAAAAGAUAAGAGUGGUUCAUCUGGUGGUGGAAGUUCACCAAGCGGUGAAAAUUCACCUGGUAGUGAAAAUUCAUCGAGCAAUGCAAGUUCACCUAAGGACAUAAGUAAACACAAGGGUAAAAAAAGUAUCAUAGAUAAAGUUAAAUCAAAGAUUAAAAGUAAACUAAAAGGUGAGAGUAGUUCAUACGGUGGCGGAAGCUCACAAAUGAGUGAAGGUUCACCAAGCGGUGGAAAUUCACCUAUCAGUGAAAAUUCAUCAAAGGGUGCGAGUUCACCCAAAAAUGCAGGUAAACACAAAGGUAAAAACACUAUUGUAGAUAAACUUAAAUCCAAGAUUAAAAAUAAAUUGAAAGGAAAUAGUGGUCCAUCUAGUGGUGGAAGCUCACCAAUGAGUGGAGGUUCACCAAGCGGUGGCAGUUCACCUGGCCAAGAAAAUACAUCUAGCGAUGCAAGUUCAUCCAAGGAUAGAGGUAAACCCAAGGGUAAAAGCAAUAUCUUAGAUAAAGUUAAAUCAAAGAUUAAAAAUAAAUUGAAAGGUAAGAGCAGUUCAUCCAAUGGUGGAAGCUCACCAAUGAGUGGAGGUUCACUUAGCGGUGGCAGUUCACCUGGCCACGGAAAUUCAUCUAGCGGUGAAAGUUCACCCAAGGCUGGAGGUAAACCCAAUGGUAAAAGCACUAUCUUAGAUAAAGUUAAAUCAAAGAUUAAAAGUAAAUUGAAAGGUAAGAGUGGUUCGUCCGAUGAUGGAAACUCACCAAUGAGUAAAAGUUCUGCAAGCAGUGGAAGUUCAGCUAGCAGUGAAAGUUCACCUACCGGUAGAAGUACACCCAAAAAUGAAAGUAAAAGCAAGGGUAGAAGCACUAUUCUUGGUAAAGUAAAAUCCAAGAUUAAAAGUAAACUAAAAGAUAAGAGAGGUUCAUCUGGUGGUGGAAGUUCACCAAGCGGUGGAAAUUCACCUGGUAGUGGAAAUUCAUCGAGCAAUGCAAGUUCACCUAAGGCCAUAAGUAAACACAAGGGUAAAAAAAGUAUCAUAGAUAAAGUUAAAUCAAAGAUUAAAAGUAAACUAAAAGGUAAGAGUAGUUCAUCCGGUGGCGGAAGCUCACAAAUGAGUGAAGGUUCACCAAGCGGUGGAAGUUCACCUGUCAGUGGAAAUUCAUCGAGCGGUGCGAGUUCACCCAAAAAUACAGGUAAACACAAGGGUAAAAGCACUAUUCUAGAUAAAGUUAAAUCCAAGAUUAAAAGUAAAUUUAAAGGAAAGAGUAGUCCAUCUAGUGGUGGAAGCUCACCAAUGAGUGGAAGUUCACCUAGCGGUGGCAGUUCACCUGGCCAUAGAAAUUCAUCUAGCGGUGCAAGUUCACCCAAGGAUGGAGGUAAACCCAAGGGUAAAAACACUAUCUUAGAUAAAGUCAAAUCAAAUAUUAAAAGUAUAUUGAAAGAUAAGAGCGGUUCAUCCGAUGGUGGAAGCUCACCAAUGAGUGGAGGUUCACCAAGCGGUAGUAGUUCACUUGGCUAUGAAAAUUCUUCUAGCGGUGCAAGUUCACCCAAGGAUAGAGGUAAACACAAAGGUAAAAACAAAAUCCUUGAUAAAUCUACCAAUAAAUUGAAAGAUAAAAGUGGUUCAUCAAAGGAUAGAAGUUUAUCCAAAACUGAAAGGAAAUCAGAUGGAAAGGCACAUGAUGUUUCAUCCGAUGGUGAAGGCUUACCUAUAAGUGGCGGUUCACCAAACGGUGAAAGUUCACCUAGAAGUAAUAAUUUAUCCAGCAGUACAAGUUCUCCUAAAGAUAUAAAUAAAAACAUGGAUAGAGAAAAACCGAAAGAUAAAAGCAAAUCUAAAACUAAAAGUAAGUUCAGUGGUAGUAGUGGUUCAUCAAUUGAUGGAGGUUCAUCCAAUGAAGAUAAAUCAAGUGGAAAAGCAUAUGAUGAUUCAUCUAAUAAUGAAAAUUCGCCAAUGAAUGGAGGUUCUCCAAACGGUGGAAAUUCAUCAGUCGGUGAAAGUUCACGCAGAGAUCAUAAAGAUAAACAUAUGGGUGAAAGAAAAUUCAAAGACGAAACUAAAUCCAAGAUUAAAAAUAAAUUUCGAGAUAAAAAUGGAAGUUCAUUUGAUGGUGAAAGUUCAUCGAAGAGUACGAAUUCACCAAGCAGAGACAAUUCAUUUAGUGGUGGAAUUUCACCUAGAAGUAAAAAUAAAUACACGGUUAAAAGAAAAUUCAGACACGAAACAAAAUCUAAGAUUGAAAAACAGUUUGAAGGUCAAAAUGGUUCAUCAAUGAGUAGAAGCUCAUCCAAAAAUGAAAGCAGAUCAUAUGGAGAAUCAUCUAUGAGUUCAUUCAGUGAUUGAAAUUCACCUAUAAUGGAAGUUCAUCAGGUAGAAAAAGCUCACUCAGACAUAAGAAUGAACACAUGGAUACAAAUAAAUUAAUGGAUAAAAUUAAAUCCAAAUACUAUAAAUAAAUUUGGUUGUCAAUGUGAUUCGUCGAUGGACAGAGAUCUACCAAAUGGUGGAAGUUGUUAACACAAUGAAAAAGUUCAAUUAACUAUAAAAAUUUAUCUAAAUGAAUGUAGACAAGAGUAAAUAUAAAUUUAUGAAAAAUAAA